UUUUUAGAGAAAUCCAGGUGUAAACUGGAUCUUGGUUUGUUGGUUGAUACGACAAAAAGUAUUAAAGAAGUAAACAUACCAAAACUGGUAGCAGCACUUAAACACCUUGUUCAAAAGUUUGACAUUACCGGCGAUGGAACCCACGUAUCUUUGGAGACAUUCUCCAAGCAGGCUACGCUUCACAAUAAAUUCAACGACGAGCAAUAUCACAGUGAGGACGCCAUACUUGAAUUGAUAUCAAACAGCGUCAACAACCUCGCCCAACCCACUCGACUGGACAAAGCACUCAGGCUUGCUAAAGACGAAAUGUUUAAAGAGGCCAGUGGACAGAGACCGGGCGUCAGGAGUGCAAUGGUUCUAUACACGGAUGGAAGAUCACAUCCUGAUACCGAAGACUUUUAUCUGGAUAUUGUUGCACUUAAGGUAAAAAAGAAGGAAAGGCAACUUGGAAUAAACUUUGCUAAGGGGGCUGCUCGCAUGGCAGAUCGACGUUAAAACCGAUAGAAAGAGAGGCCAAUUCCCAACCAUUCCUCUGGUUGAGCGUUAAGCUCUGUAACCUCUUAUACAGAUAUUCCUUUACUUCGCUAAACGAUUUACUUGAUCUACAAAAGUAGUUCUCUCUAUUUUAUUUUUAAGAUGAGAGGUGUCCGUAUAAUCGUGGUCGGUAUCGGCCCUGACGCCAGGAAACCUAAAUAUCGCCAAGUCCUUGACUACAUUGGAGGCAAAAAUCUAUUUUUUGUGGACGACUAUAAAAGCCUCGACGAUGCAACUAAUGAUAUUUUAACUUUGAUCUGUCGUGAGUAUAUAAUUAUAGUCUCCUGACAUAUACCUACUUCCUAAAUAUUCUUUUACAACUUUAUUUCUUGACUUGGUAUGGCAUGACUUGGUCCGGACCUCGAGCAAAAUAUUUCCCGUCCGGCCUUAACGCACAGUCAAUGAAUACAUGUUAUGUUACUGGUGUGUGUUAUUCUUGACUUAAAAAUAGAAUAAAAUCAAUCCGCUUGCGAGCAAGUUUUGAGUAUUAGAUGACGGGAUGGCGACACUAUCCUAUCGGCGAGAUCCCGAUCGGAAUCCCCGGCCAAAGCGAUCCCGAAGGAGAACUCAGUAAAAUUGUGCAGGCUACCGUAAGCUCUGUUUCAUUCUUAUAAUUUCCUGCAGCACCUGAUCCUUGCGAGAACUCAAAGGGAAUGGACGUGGCAUUUAUAAUAGACAAAACCAGCAGCCUGGGAGUGCCGAACUUUUUGCUGCUCAGAGGUUUCCUUCUCGAGCUCGUUGCCGCGUUGAACAUCGGUCCAGACGCUACACACACUGGUAUAAUCACUUUCAGCAGGAAACCUAAGGUCCUCAGCGAUUUUGCAAAUAGCGGGCUGUACAGUAACGAAGCUGUACACGACUUCUUGGCUAAGAUUUCCGUCUUCCUUGGUGACCGUACUUUCACAGAUAAAGCUCUAAUGGCUGCCGCAGGAAAACUGUUUACUGAGGAGGGAGGUGACAGACCGGAUUUUCCAAAUGUUCUGAUCAUCCUGACGGACGGAAGAACCAAUCCAGCAUCAAAACCCUUCUCUACGAUCAUCCCUCUUCUGGAGGUUAGAAUCCCACGCUAUUACAAUUUACUCCUUUUUGUUCACCUGUUCCUUUUAGCGCCAUUUAUUUUCUUGGAAACGCGGAUGUCAUAUGCAAAAGAAUUUUAUGCGACUUCUGAUAGCACCAGGUCUGAAAAUAACUGAGAAAAUGUCAUCUUCGUUUAAGGUCGUUCGGUGAAUGACUAGCCAAAUCCUGAAUAUAGACUCUUUACAAAGCUUCUUGAAAGUGGCCUAGAUUCCCAAUUUUCCUUCCCUUCAAAGGCAAAAGACGUCCGUAUUGUUGCAGUAGGAAUUGGUCAGUAUGAAGAUUUCCAAGGCCAACUGGAAGAAAUCGCCGGGGAAAACGUUCACAACGCAAGCAACUUCGACAAACUGUCAGAUCUGUUCAAUGACAUUCUGGCUGAAACGUGCAGUAAGUAAACUGAGUGUAUCCCCUUAGGGUUCGUUAGUUAAAACGAGUUAAAAGAUCCAAUCUGUCGAGCUGACAACACAUGUUGAAAACAGUGCCGUGUUAAGAAUGAAAUCACUGUACCUACGCGCAUAACACUCAGAACAUAGGUUAAAACAGCCCCAAACGGAACAGUGAUGGCUACAAAGGGAAAGGGUCGACACGCAAGUUGAAAAUUUUAGCUUUAAGUCUUCAUGUCUCAGAGAUCGCGCGUGACUCUGCUCCUAUGUCGGGCACCCAUGGUAUCUGAUGACGAGUAUCACUCAAAGUACCCGUGUUUUCCAGGUGUAGAUGGCGGUUUUACCCGCUGGAGUCUCUGGUCUGAAUGUGAUGCACGCUGUGGAGGUGGAGUUCAGGCAAGAACACGAAACUGUACCAACCCUCCCCCCCAAGGAAACGGGAAGACCUGUGAUGGCCCUUUGAAGGAGACCAGACCUUGUAAUGAACAGCCGUGUUCAGAUGGUAAUAAGAAUAUUCACUGUAUUAUUUAA